AUGUCGGCCUCAUUACUCCGGUUUCAGAGUACUCUGGUCAUAGCUGAGCAUGCAAAUGAUUCCCUAACGCCCAUCACUCUAAAUACCAUCACUGCAGCGAAACGUCUUGGAGGUGAAGUGUCCUGCUUAGUAGCUGGAACCAAAUGUGACAAGGUGGCAGAAGAUCUCUGUAAAGUAGCGGGUGUAGCAAAAGUUCUGGUUGCUCAGCAUGAUGUGUACAAAGGCCUCCUUCCAGAGGAACUGACACCAUUGGUUUUGGAAACUCAGAAGCAGUUCAAUUACACACACAUCUGCGUUGGAGCAUCUGCCUUUGGAAAGAACCUUUUGCCCAGAAUAGCAGCCAAACUUGAUGUUGCCCCAAUUUCUGACAUCAUUGCGAUCAAGUCAUCUGACACAUUUGUGAGAACUAUUUAUGCAGGAAAUGCUUUAUGUACAGUGAAAUGUGAUGAGAAAGUGAAGGUGUUUUCUGUCCGAGGAACAUCUUUUGAAGCUGCAGCAACAAGUGGAGGUAGUGCCAGUUCAGAAAAGGCAUCAAGUACUUCACCAGUGGGAAUAUCAGAGUGGCUGGACCAGAAAUUAACAAAAAGUGAUCGACCAGAGCUAACUGGUGCCAAAGUGGUGGUAUCUGGUGGUCGGGGUUUGAAGAGUGGAGAUAAUUUUAAGUUGUUAUACGACCUGGCAGAUGAACUGCACGCUGCAGGUAAAGUUAUUUUCAUCAGUAGGGAGGAAAUAGUUUUCAUUAUUUCAUUUAUGCAUAAGUCAUUCCCAGCUGCAAGUUACUUUGCUUUCUGUACUUCUCAGUUUUUCUUUUAUUUAUUGUUUAACUUUUUAUUAAUGUGUAUGAAUUGUACAAAAUAAUGUGUUUCCUUAUGACAUUGUCAUACAUGUGUAUAACAUGCUUAGAUCACAUGCACCCCCACCAUUA